CGGUUGCUAGGCUGCGUGGGCGUGUCCCGUUAUCCCAUGCAACAUGGCGCUGAACAAGAACCAUCUGGAUGGCGGUGGCGUCAUCAUUAAUAACAGCGAGAGCAUCCUGAUGUCCUAUGACCACGUGGAGAUGACGUUUAGUGAUAUGGAGAACACAUCGGAUGAGUUCAGAGGGACUAAAAAGGGCAGUGUAAUUCUGACACCCUACAGGGUUAUAUUCAUGUCCAAAGGGAGAGACUACAUGCAGUCAUUCAUGCUGCCUUUCUAUCUGAUGAAGGAUGCUGAAGUCAAACAGCCUGUUUUUGGAGCUAACUUUAUUAAAGGCAGCAUCAGGGCAGAGCCUGGAGGGGGCUGGGAAGGAUCUGCCACAUUUAAGCUGAACUUCCCUUCAGGAGGUGCUAUAGAAUUUGGCCAGAGCAUGAUGCAAGUGGCUUCACAAGCUUCCAGAGGAGGACCUCCAAAUGCUUACCCAUACAUGCCCAACGGAGGCUACACAUAUCCACCUCCUGCAGCAAAUGGUAUCUACCCUCCAGCCCCCAGUGGAUAUCCUUACCCUCCACCCCCAAAUGAGUUUUAUCCUGGACCUGCACCUCAAGACAGUUCAUAUACUUAUAUGCAUCCCCCUCCUCCUCCUUACCCUGGUCCAAUGGAGCCGCCUUCAGCCUCUGCUCCAGAAUUGCCCUCCACUCCUGCAGCUGAAGCCAAAGCUGCUGAAGCUGCUGCUAGUUAUUUCCAAACCAACCCUAACCAAACAUACAUGCCUAUGGAUUUUCCUCCACCCCCUCCAUACUCCCCACUGGAUGACAAGAAAAACCAGUGAAAUGCCUAUAACCCAUUCUGACGAAGCACACUAAGUUCCUCUAAUGCUUGCAAGAUGGUCUGAACACCCAUAAAGCCCAGAUGAAAGGCCCAAGGACUAUAAACUAAGAAACUAUACUCUAAAUCCUUCUUCGGACCUUGGUUACUGCUUCUGUCAUUAAACCUUAUAAAUUGAGUUGCAAGCCCAGGUAGCAGAGAAGACAUCAACACAUCACAUCAAACUUGGAAUUAUGCAGCUCGGAUGACCUGACUACCACUAUCUUCUGCUACCUGUACAUUCUUAAUUUGCCCCUGCUUUUAAACACUAACAGACUGAAACUGUACCGAAUACUGCUAAAGAAGCAUGCAUAUAUCCUAACUGUAUUUUGAUUGCUGUGUAAAUGCAAAUAAUAAUUUUAAAGAAAUAAUUUAUUAUAAAAUAAUUUGAUGUAGCUGUAGGAAUGCAGUUUGCAUAUCACAUUAAAGUAAAAAAAAAAAUCCUGAAUGCAUUUUGCCGCUUUUUGCAUGCAUGUUAAGGCAGCUCUUGCGGUGUUGGGUAUGAUGCUUUUUUUUUUUAUUAUUCUUUAUUUAUAGCUGCAUAUAAAAUAACAAGUCACAAUUGCAUAAGCAAACAUAAACAAGGGCAGAAAGCCCAGAAGAGAUUUAUACAGAGCAAAAGCAUACGAUGUAACAAUACAAGUACCGCAUCUGUUGAAUUUACCCAAUAGGGAUUGAUAUUGCCAACGGAGAUGCUCUUAAUGCUCACUGUUUGAAGAAGAGAUGGUACACAUUUGUUAAAACUUCUAAGAAACAUAUUUGGGUAUCAUGUUUUAUAUUUAUCAUAGGGACACUAUAGGGUCAGGAAUACGUUUGUCUAUAGUGCUACAAACACCACCUA